AUGGCAGCGCUGGGGGCUUCACGGUGUGUCUGGAGAGGGAGGCUGGUCCUCCCAGCCCUGGUUCCCAGGUGGCCAAGGGCCCCACGAGCCUCUUGGGGAUGGCGGGGCUGCUGCGGGGGGCUCUGGGAAGAAAAGAAAUCUGACAUUCCAUCGCCUCAUUUUAUGGAUGAAAAAGUGCAGGAUUUGCUCCACAAGAUGACAGGGUUGAAUCUGCAGAAGGUUUUUAAGCCAGUAAAGCAGGAACUCAAACCCCCAACAUACAAGGUUAUGACAGAAUCACAACUGGAAGAGGUGACAAGACAGGCAACUGAGACAGCUAAAGAAAGGCUUAAAAUGCCUCCUGUAUUGAGUGAACGGGAACCAAUUAAUGAUGUAUUAGCAGAUGACAAGAUUCUUGAUGGAACUGAAUCCCACAAAUAUGUUUUUACAGAUAUAACAUACAGCACCCCACACCGUGAACGUUUCAUUGUAGUACGAGAAACAAAUGGCAUAUUACGCAAGGCCACUUGGGAAGAAAGGGACAGAAUGAUACAGAUCUACUUCCCAAAAGAAGGACGAAAGCUUAACCCUCCACUUUUAUUCAAAGAUGAAAACCUUACGAGUAUAUUUCUUCAAGACCACCACGAAGAACUCCUUAAUCUUUGCCUUGUACAGUUUGAGCCAGAUUCACCUGACUAUAUCAGAGUUCACCAUCAAACAUACAAUGAUAUUGAUAAACAUGGAAAAUAUGAUCUUCUGCGUUCAACAAGACAUUUUGGAGGAAUGGUGUGGUACCUUGUAAAUAGGAAGAGGACAGAUGGAUUACUGGUAGACAUGAUCCAAAGAGAUUUGCUUGAUGAUGCUGUAAGCUUGGUCACCCUUUAUCAUAUGCUGCAUCCUGAUUGCCAGUCAGCAAAAGAAGCACAAGAACAAGAUAUCCAAGGACUAGAUUUAAUUAAGGUUUUUGCAAGAGCAGAAACAGAGAGAAGUGGCUACAUUGAACUUGCACUACAAGCUUAUCAAGCAACUCUGCCUAGAUCUGCUACUUCAUAAAAUUAACAAUUUAACCAGUGUAUUGCAUGGUUUCAAUUGGAUCCUUCCCUGCAACUGGAGUCACUGUCACAGGCUUAGGUGUAGGAAUCAGUUCUUCCUCUUCUGACUCCUUAUGAUGAAAAAGGAAAGACUUUGAAAUAUUUGAUGUGGGCUUGUCUAAAGAAAAACUAGACCCCAUUACAAGCCAUGGUGAGCCCUUCAUUCUUUUUUCAUAGAGAGAAGCAUACAUGUUAUGGUUAUAUAUACAGAAAUUCACAAUUUUGAUUUAUUCCAAUCACAGAUUCUAAUGAUAGCACUUAGCACCACUUUACAUUUCCCUGCACAAGCUGGGUACUUAUUUUACCGGCCAAUGGAAGGCUGAGUCAAUCUAGCCCUCCAGGAUUGAACUCACAAUGUUGUGGCUGCAAUACUGGCAUUUAACCAUUGUGUCAUCAGGGCUCAUAAUACACUAUAUUCUAAAUACGCUUUUAGAUCCUGGCUUGUUUUGAAUGAACUGUAGUUACAACAAACAGUUGUGCAUAUUUUGAUGUAAGAAAUAACUGGUCAACAUUGCAUCCAUAAGGUUUCAAAUUCCCUUAACUACAGAAGUAGAAAAACACAAAUUCAAACAUUUCUGUUACAAUAAAUCAUGGUUUGUGAUAUAUGAAACCAGGUUUUUCUCAUCCAUAGACUGCCCUUCCACAAAACUAAUGGUUGCCACGUCUCUUCCUUCAAGACAAAGAAAUAACCACCUGUAUCUUCCAUGUCCUUAGUAUGAAACAAAGCUUAAAUGUGUACAAUUGUGUAUUAUAUACAUGUAUAAAAUUGCAAGUGUGGCUGUACAGGUAAA